AUUGCUGAUGAACAGCGUCUGUUAGACAAGGUACUUGCCGGCUACAACUCCGCCUCCAGGCCAGUGUACAAUGCCUCGCACCAGGUCACUGUCAAGUUUGGAAUAACGCUUGCUCAAAUCCAGGAUAUGGAUGAAGUCAAUCAAGUCCUUACCAUCAAAGUCUGGCUUGAGCAGGAAUGGGUGGAUGAACGCUUGCGCUGGGAUCCUGCUGAAUUCAAUGGAUUGAAGAUUCUACGCAUGCCCUGUGAAAAGCUAUGGUUCCCCGACAUUGUGCUUUACAAUAAUUAUGUUGCUAUGCAUGUGGAUUUUGCAGAUGAUUUUACUGUGGGAUAUAUGCAGGCCAAAGCAAUGGCUCAACACGACGGCAACGUGUUCUGGGCGCCACCGGCAAAAUUCAGAAGCUCAUGCAAUAUAGAUAUCACUUACUUUCCGUUCGAUGACCAGAUAUGCAGAAUGAAAUUUGGUUCUUGGAUAAAUGACGGCUUCCAGGUUGACAUGGUGAAUCGCUCUGCACAGGUUGACCUUUCUAAUUACGUAUACAGUGGCGAAUGGGAACUGAUUGACAUACAAGUAGUCCGGAAUAGUGUGACGUACGCAUGUUGUGAAGAGUUCUUUCCCGACGUAACAUUCACCAUAAUCAUGCGGCGAAGGACUUCGUACUAUCUUUUUAACAAAAUCUUCCCUUGUCUGUGUCUUACGAUUCUCAGCCUGCUGGGAUUGUGGUUGCCGCCUGAUAGUGGAGAGAAGAUAACGCUCGGAAUAACGGUGCUUUUAGCCUUCUACGUGCUUUUGCUUGCAGAAAAUAUGCCAGCUACAUCUGAAUUCGUACCACUUAUAGGCAUAUACAUUACGGUGACCAUGGGAAUGACUUCUCUCUCAAUCAUUUUGACGGUUUUUGUUCUGCAGUUGCACUACGUGGGUCCGCACCAGAAAGGUGUCCCACAAUGGCCCCAGUUUUUCUCGUACGAACUACGCACUCGGCUGGUAUGUUCUAUUGACAGCUGA